UUUUAACCUGAGGCAGAGCGCGAGACCGAGCAGAGUGUGCGGAACUCCAGCAGCCGAGCGCGGAGAGGCGCCGCGGUUGACUCCCACCUGCCCGCCGUGCACCUUUCCCCGGAGACCCCCUCCCCCCCCAGCAUGAAGCGAGCUCACCCCGAGUACAGCUCCUCAGACAGCGAGCUAGAUGAGACCAUAGAGGUGGAGAAGGAGAGUGCGGACGAGAAUGGAAACUUGAGUUCAGCUCUUGGUUCCAUGUCCCCAACGACAUCUUCCCAGAUCUUAGCCAGGAAAAGACGGAGAGGAAUCAUCGAGAAGCGCCGACGAGACCGGAUCAAUAACAGUUUAUCUGAGCUGAGGCGACUGGUUCCCAGUGCUUUUGAGAAGCAGGUAAUGGAGAAAGGAUCUGCUAAGCUAGAAAAAGCUGAGAUCUUGCAGAUGACCGUGGAUCACCUGAAAAUGCUUCACACCGCAGGAGGGAAAGGCUAUUUUGACGCACAUGCCCUCGCUAUGGACUAUCGGAGUUUGGGGUUUCGGGAAUGCCUGGCGGAGGUCGCCCGGUACCUGAGCAUCAUUGAAGGACUGGAUUCUUCUGACCCUCUUCGCAUCCGACUGGUGUCACACCUCAACAACUACGCCUCCCAGCGGGAAGCGGCGAGCAGCGCCCAUGCAGGCCUCGGACACAUUUCCUGGGGAGGCGCCUUCGGACAUCCCCCGCACAUCGCGCACCCACUCCUGCUGGCCCAGAACGGCCACGGGAACACCAGCAUCACCGCCUCGUCCACGGAGUCUCACCAUCAGGCCAGGCUGGCCUCCGCACAUCCGGAGGCGCCUGCCUUGCGAGCGGCCCCUAGCGGCGGCCUUGGACCGGUGCUGCCCGUGGUCACCGCGGCCUCCAAACUCUCCCCGCCUCUGCUCUCCUCCGUGGCCUCCCUGUCGGCAACCUUCCCCUUCUCCUUCGGCUCCUUCCAUCUACUGUCUCCCAAUGCGCUGAGCCCUGCAGCACCCACGCAGGCUGCAAACCUGGGCAAGCCCUAUAGACCUUGGGGGACGGAGAUUGGAGCUUUUUAAAAUAAAGAACUCUCUAGAAUGAGGGGAGGGGAAAGUUUAAGAAUCCCAGCUGGGCUGGACUAUUGCCAACAUCACCUUAAGAGUCGUCAUUAAAGGUU